AUGUAUCCGCAGGGGCGGCACCCGGGCCCCCACCAGCCUGGACAGCCCGGCAUUAAAUUCACAGUGGCUGAAUCCUGUGACAGGAUUAAGGAUGAGUUCCAGUUUCUGCAGGCCCAGUACCACAGCCUGAAAGUGGAGUAUGAUAAGCUUGCAAAUGAAAAGACAGAAAUGCAGCGCCAUUAUGUCAUGUACUAUGAAAUGUCUUACGGGUUGAACAUUGAAAUGCACAAACAGACAGAGAUUGCUAAGAGGCUGAACACGAUUCUCGCCCAGAUCAUGCCUUUUCUAUCGCAAGAGCACCAGCAGCAAGUGGCUCAGGCAGUUGAGCGGGCCAAGCAGGUGACCAUGACGGAGCUGAAUGCCAUCAUUGGGCAGCAGCAGUUCCAGGCCCAGCACCUCUCCCACGCCCCUCACGGGCCUCAGGUACAGCUGCCGCCUCACCCGUCAGGCCUGCCGCCCCCAGGGAUCCCCCCUGUCACAGGGAGCAGUUCGGGGCUCUUGGCCCUUGGGACCCUCGGCAGCCAAGCACACUUGGCUGUGAAAGACGAGAAGCAUCAGCACGAUCUGGACCAUCGAGACCGUGACUCCAGCGUGAACACCUCCAUCUCCCCGUCGGAGAGCCUGCGAGCCAGCGAGAAGCACAGGAGCUCCUCAGACUACGCUGGCAGUGAGCCCAAGAAGCGGAAGGCGGAGGAGAAAGACAGCUUGAGCCGCUACGAUAGCGAUGGUGACAAGAGUGAUGACCUGGUGGUUGAUGUCUCCAAUGAGGAUCUGGCCACCCCCCGGGUGAGCCCUGCCCACUCGCCUCCCGAGAAUGGGCUGGAUAAAGCCCGCGGACUGAAGAAGGAUGCCCCAAACAGCCCUGCCUCCAUCGCCUCCUCCAGCAGCACCCCCUCUUCCAAGGUUAAAGACCAUAAUGAUAAAUCCUCUACCCCUGGUUUAAAGUCCAGCACUCCCACGCCAAGGAGCGACGUACCGACGCCUGGGACAAGCAGCGCUCCAGGCCUCCGACCAGUGCCAGGCAAGAUCCCUGGAAUGGACCCCCUGGGUAUUCUAGCAUCUGCCUUAAGGACUCCCAUCUCCCUCACCGGCUCUUAUGCUGCCCCCUUUGCUAUGAUGGGGCAUCACGAGAUGAACGGCUCCCUUGCCAGCCCUGGGGCCUAUGCAGGGCUGCACAACAUCCCCCCUCAAAUGACAGCCGCUGCCGCUGUUGCCUAUGGCCGGUCACCAAUGGUGAGCUUUGGAGCUGUUGGAUUUGACCCCCAUCCACCAAUGAGGGCUCCUGUCCUGCCCUCCAGCCUGGCGUCCAUUCCUGGCGGCAAACCGGCUUACUCCUUUCAUGUGAGUACAGACGGGCAGAUGCAGCCAGUUCCAUUUCCUCACGAUGCCCUGGCCGGCCCUGGCAUCCCCCGCCAUGCCCGUCAGAUCAAUACCCUGAGCCAUGGCGAAGUGGUGUGUGCCGUGACUAUCAGCAACCCAACCAGGCACGUGUACACCGGGGGAAAGGGCUGCGUGAAGAUUUGGGAUAUCAGCCAGCCGGGCGCCAAGAGCCCCGUCUCCCAGCUAGAUUGCUUGAACAGGGAUAACUACAUCCGUUCCUGCAAACUCCUCCCCGAUGGGCGCACACUUAUUGUAGGGGGAGAGGCCAGCACCCUCACCAUUUGGGACCUGGCUUCCCCUACCCCCAGAAUCAAGGCAGAACUGACCUCCUCUGCCCCUGCCUGCUAUGCCUUGGCCAUCAGCCCAGAUGCCAAAGUGUGCUUCUCCUGCUGCAGUGAUGGAAAUAUUGCCGUCUGGGAUCUCCACAACCAGACACUGGUUAGGCAGUUCCAGGGUCACACGGACGGCGCCAGCUGCAUUGACAUCUCCCACGAUGGCACCAAACUCUGGACGGGGGGCUUGGACAACACUGUGCGCUCCUGGGACCUUCGGGAAGGCAGGCAGCUACAGCAACAUGACUUCACUUCCCAGAUCUUCUCGCUCGGCUAUUGCCCGACAGGCGAGUGGCUCGCGGUGGGCUUGGAGAGCAGCAACGUGGAAGUGCUGCAUCACACCAAACCUGACAAAUACCAGCUCCACCUCCACGAAAGCUGUGUCCUCUCCCUGAAGUUUGCCUACUGUGGAAAGUGGUUUGUGAGCACUGGCAAAGACAACCUCCUCAAUGCCUGGAGGACUCCCUAUGGAGCCAGCAUCUUCCAGUCAAAAGAAUCUUCUUCCGUUUUAAGCUGUGAUAUUUCAGCAGAUGACAAAUACAUUGUCACAGGUUCCGGUGACAAGAAGGCCACAGUUUACGAAGUCAUCUACUGAGUAGCUGUGACUUGACUAAUGACUCUGGGAGAAGAACACAAAAGGAGAGCAGCUGAAGGUUCCUUUGAUGCCCUCUGGAGGGUUUUGGGACCUGGGUGGAUCUUCUGUGAUGACCUUGGAAUAACUCUGGAAGGAACUUGGAAGCUCAGUCCAGCUGAUCGGUGGCAGUGCAUUGUCCAUGCUGGUUUGUGUUUUUCUCUCGGUUCUCGGUCCUCACACCUCUGAUCAGAAGGCAGCUAACCCCCUGGAUUUGGAUUCAGGAGGAGCCCGCAGGUCUUAUUUCCCCAGCAGACUUUUAGGAACUGUAGAUAACAGAGGAGUUUCAUGCUGAGGCUUCCUUGGUCUGCUGGUCAGCAGCGUGUUGUUGUCCUCUUUGUUUUCUACUGCUGCUGCUGCUGCUGUUUCCUUGGUCUGCUCUCACUCUGUACUGCUUCAGUUUUGCUUCCAUUCUGGUGGUAGCCACCAUCAUUUUCCUCCCAACCUUGCCCUUCCCUUGAAAAUAUGCUUGGAGAUACUCUUACCAGCCUUGUCAGCAGCCUGAGCAAAGGUGUCCUCCGUGAAAUGGUUUUCUCUGUUGGAUGUGUGAACCAGUUCUUCUGGCCUUAAGUCUUCUCUGGGCCCGGUUUGAGCCUCCGGUUGGAUUCGUCUCUCCUGAUUCUGAUGCAGUGGAGAAGCUGCUGUUUUCGAAGCACUUAUCAGUUGGGGCAAGAGGAUGCCUUGCCCCCCAAGUGGGCUCUUGCCCACCACAGCCUUCAGACCCAAACACUGAGAGGAUGGGUGUUCAAGAACACAACAGUUAACUAAUACGCUCAGGGAGCCAAGAAAAAGAUAAUAGCAACUUGUGGUGGGGUUUUGUUUUUUUUUACUCCAAUGAAAGUAAAGUAAUAGAUAACGUUUAAAUGCAGGUUGUUUUUUAAGUUUACUAACGAACAUGGUUUCUGUACGGGACGGUGGACGAUGGGAUUUCUGUGGCUUUUGGCAAUUAGUGUUUCAGCCUGUUGGCUUGAGCAACAGUUGUAUGUGGGGCAGGGGGCAGGGAGGGAGACCCGUUUCUGGCAUUUUUGUACUAAAGGAGUAAAUAAAAUUAAACAUGGGAAAUUACAUAUUUGUGUAGCAGAAGAUCUUGCCUUGUAAUGUAGCAUAUGAAAAAGAAUUUUUAUACCACAUUUUAUGGAUUGUUUUUUAAUUGUUGAUUUUGAUCUGGUUUUUAAAAAGGUAACUAUAGCUUAAUGGUGAAAAAAACAACUACCUGUUUCUAUUAAAGGCCAUGCUGGUACACAAAGGA